GUUUGUAUGUAAUUAUCCCUUAAAAAAAAUCUAUAUCUUCACCAACAAAAUGAUAAAAAAGACUAAAAGACAUAUGACUUCAAUAACUUUCAGUUGCUUUGCCGUUAUUACUGUACAGAACUCCCAACAAAAGCAGCGCUAAGCUUUUUCAUCCACAGCCCAUCGCCAUUGGUGACUGCAGAAGCUUCCAACAACAUUACCUUUCACCCAAAACAACACUAUCAUAAAAGGAGCUCACGAGAGCCAGUAGUGCUCUUUGAGGACCAACUUCAUCUUCUCUUCUCCUUCAUGGCAGCCAUGGAAUCUGAGAGGGAAGCUCCGCCGGCACCGCCGGCACCGCCGCCGCCGCCUUUUCUUCGCCUUCGCAGCCACAAACAACAGCAGCGAGAAUCAGUUCGUGGAUCAAAAUGUGCUGUGGCUGUCGUCUUGCCAGUCGUUGCUGGCGGGGUUCUCGUGCUAGUCUUCCUGCUUCUGCUUGUUCUGCGUCGAGCGAGAGGGAAAGCUAAUGGUGGAAACAGCUUCAGGGAGAACAGCUUUGAUGAGAUUAAGCAGGUUACUAGAUGCAGUCCUAAUGGCAAGAUAGAUGGACUUGGAUAUAGUCCAGAUGUGAGGAGUUGCAUCUAUGGGAGUAAAUUGAGCUUUGCACCACAAGGGAGAAGAAAGGGGGUUCAGGUUUUUACUUACAGGGAGCUUGAGAUGGCCACCAAUGGCUUCAGUGAGAGAAAUUUCAUUGGUAAUGGAGGACUUGGGGUGCUGUACAGAGGAGUUAUGAGUGAUGGAACUGCAGCUGCCGUCCAGCUUCUGCAAGUUGCAGGAAAGCAAGAAGAAAAAGAAUUCAGAAUGGAGGUGGACCUGUUGAGCCGACUGCAAUCUCGCUACUUGGUUGGCUUGCUUGGCUAUUGCGCCGAUCAGCACCACCGCCUGCUUGUCUUUGAGGACAUGCCCAACGCCUGCCUGCAUCACCAUCUCCAUUCCACAACAGAUCAGAUGGAUAAACCACAGCGGCUGCUCGACUGGAAGACACGUCUAAGGAUCGCCCUCGACUGCGCUCGAGGCCUCGAGUUUCUCCACGAACACUCCGUCCCCGCCAUCAUUCACAAAGACUUCAAGAGCAGCAACAUACUAUUAGACCAUAACUUCGGUGCUAAAGUAUCGUAUUCCGGCCAUGCAAAGACUAGGGCCCUCGGCACCACCGGAUAUGUCGCCCCGGACAGCUAUGCAUUGACUGGAAAGCUAACAACAAAAUCAGAUGUUUACAGCUAUGGAGUUGUUCUUCUUGAGCUUUUGACAGGAAGAGUACCUGUUGAUAUCAGAAGACCACAAGGAGAACAUGUUCUUGUUUCCUGGGCUCUACCAAGACUAACAAAUAGAGAAAAAGUGGUGGAAAUGGUGGAUCCAGCUCUUCAAGGCCAGUACUCAAAGAAAGAACUGAUUCAGGUUGCUGCCAUUGCUGCUGUGUGUAUUCAAUCCGAAGCAGAUUAUCGGCCCCUCAUCACCGAUGUGGUGCAGUCGCUGAUUCCUCUAGUGAAAAGCUCAAGCUGAACCGAUUUAAGGAAGAUCGAGCAUCGAUUAUAAUUUGGUAAGCAUCGUUCUGUUUGAUUUCGUAUUGAAAAUGGCAAUAGGAAGAAGCAAUGUCCCAAAUUUGAUGAGAAAAAUGAAAGAUUAAUAAUUUGCAGAAUAGUUAAGUUUUAUGGAAAAAAGUGAAUAUUUCAGGUAUAUAUUUCAGAGCUAUAGUGCUGUUUAUUGCAUAAA